AUGAAAGUGUUUGUUACAGGAGCAUCAGGUUUUGUCGGUGGAGCAUUCGUUCCAGAGCUGUUGAAAGCGGGCCAUAAGGUGGUAGCCCUAGCACGCUCCGACAGUGCUGCGCAGAAAAUCAAGAAAAUGGGAUCGGAGAUCGAAAUCGUCAAGGGCACCAUUGAGGAUCUGGACGUGCUGGAAAAAGCUGCUGCUGCUUCAGACGGUGUGGUCCAUUUGGGGUUCAUCCACGAUUUCAACCAGUACGAAAAAUGCUGCUUGAUCGACCGGAAAGCGACCAUCGCCAUGCUGGAGGCUCUAAAGGGCAGCAACAAGCCAUACGUGCAAACUGCAGUGUGUUUGGUUUUCCCGCCGGACGUGCUGGGCACCGAGACCGGCAAAAAACACACCAUGGGUGCUGCCUCUCUGAGGUCCGAAACCGAAGACAUCGUGAUGAGCUACAAAGAUAAGGGCGUCCGGACCUCGUCCGUAAGACUGCCUCCAAGUGUGCACGGCAAGGGAGACCAGGGGUUUGUCACCGGGUUGAUCAAGAUCGCCAACGCCACCGGAAAGUCCGGCUACAUCGGCAGCGGUGCCAACGUGUGGCCUGCCGUCUCACGCUUCGACGCUGGACGUCUUCUCAAGCUGGCUUUGGAAAAGGGCCAAGCCGGCUCCGCUUACCACGCCACUGCCGACGAAGGUGUGAAGACCAAAGACAUCGCUGAAACUAUCGGCCAGCUUGCGGGACUCCCUGUGGAGUCCAUCGAACCUGCCAAGGCCGGCGAGCAGUUCGGAAGCAUGUCGUUCUUCUUCUCCAUGGGUGGUCCAGUGUCAAGUAAAAUCACCCGCGAGCAGCUUGGCUGGGAACCCAAGGAACUUGGUCUGCUAGAUGAUAUCCGCGAAAACUAUGUUUUCGAAAAGUCUACGUAG